AUGCGAGGCUCGCUCUGGAGCUUCUUCCUCUGCCCCGAUAUUUGCUUUUCCCUUUGGUCCUGGCAUUGGCCACAGAAGCUCCCGUGGCCCUACCAAAAAAAAACAUUACUCCCCGUAUAUACGCAUUCCUUCUUCUCCUCGUCUGCAGCCCAGGAAAAGAAACGAGCGGAGGGGCAGGGCCGUGGUGUCAUUAUUAUUCAAGACAACACCCACGCUCUCCCUUCUGCUCUCUUCCUUUUCUUUUUCUUUAUAUCGGCAUUAAACUAUCUCCACCUUGGCAAUUUUAUGGGGAAGACGCAGCUCACCUCCGCUUCGCCCUUCGUUUCUUUUUCCUGGGCAUUUGCUAACCAGCCCUCUGUUAUCAGAACCUUACCUGUUUCACAGCGUAUUAUUCCUUGCCCGACUCCAUCGCUUGCUACCCGCCUAGCAGACCUGCCAAGUGCGCCCCGUGAUUCCUUUUCUCAACGACAACAGAUAAAACCCUUCUCAUCGACCCGGCCUGGGCUGAAGAUGUCUUCCAGCAACAACUCCAACUCUCACCCAAUUCCCAGCAUGGCCGCCCAAAAUGAGCAGAACACGGCUCCCGAUAGCUACCAGCUGGCCAUGGCCAAGAAUAACAUCUGGGCCACAAAGCUAGACGAAGAACAGCCAGAUCUCUUCCCAAAGCUCGCCUCAGGACAAUCUCCGGAAAUAUUGUGGAUCGGCUGUGCUGACUCCCGUUGCCCCGAGACCACUGUCCUGGGCCUUCAGCCCGGCGACGUCUUCGUCCAUCGCAACAUUGCCAACGUUGUGCAGUACAACGACAUCUCUGCUGCCACCGUCAUUGAAUUUGCUGUCGUCUACCUCAAGGUCAAGCACAUCAUUCUCUGUGGCCAUACUAGCUGUGGUGGCAUCAACGCUGCUUUGGCCAACAAGAAGCUCGGCCUCCUUGAUACCUGGCUCAUGCCCCUUCGACGACUCCGAGAGCAACAUAUGGACGUCUUGAAGGAUCUUGAGCUCAAGGAAGCCGCCGUCAAGCUCGCCGAGAUCAACGUCGAAAAUGGACUGCGAGUUCUCCGUGAGAACAGCGCCGUUCUCGAUGCCAUUGAGGAACGAGGUCUCAAGCUGCACGGUGUCAUCUACGAUGUUGGCAGCGGAAAACUUAGAGAGCUGGAAAUCACCGAGAGCAUGGAUUCUAUCAGCAGACGAAUUGCUUCUUUCAAGACAGUCAAGAACGAGGAGUGA